CUAAAUAUCAAUUCCUGGGACCAGCCUGGCUGUCCAAUGGUUAAGACUCCACACUUCCACUGUAGGGGGCACAGGUUCAAUCCUGGGUCAGGAAACUAAGAUCUAAGAUCCCACAAGCCGGCGCCCUCAUCGACCCUCCACUUGGAAUAAUGCUCUCCUGUUACCUAAAAACUGGGUUUGCCUCUUAGUGGGUGUCAAGCCAAAACACACAAUCAAGUCAAGAAGUGGGAGGAUUUAUUACUUGCAGUAAGUAAGGAGAACAUCGAGGCUACUUCCCAAAGCAGUGUCGCCCUGAACAGCAAAAUUGGGGAAGCUUUAAGCUAAGGGAACAUGCAUAUUCAUGAGGGGGCUUGCGCAGGAGGAAUUUAGCAUAGAACUGGGGCAAGAGUCAUCCUAGGUUGACAGUCCAGGUCUUAGUUGAUUGAAGCCAGCAAAGAUCAGUAUCGUCCAUUCUCUGGCUCCAGUUAGUCUCGUGGCCAACUGUCCGAGGAGGUUCGGACCCUGUAAAACAGCUCGGGAAUAUGUAUCAGAAUAAUCUUUACCUUUGAAACAGAACUGGGAGUCUUUAUGACUGAUUUAGUAUCUCCGAUACGGUUAAAUUAUUUUCCUGGCCUGGUAAUAGCUGUUUGCUCUUACAUUCUUGUUUCCUUAAAAUCAUUAACUCCUGAGACCUGUUCUUCCGCAAAGGCAAGCACUGUGGCCAGGCUUAGAUUACAACACGGCCUACACCUAAAGUGGCUUCUCUUAUGUCAAGAAGCUAUGCCUGGGUCUCUUUCUUUGGGGUCUCCCCUGUCCCCCAUCUGGCUGCACUCCCUCCCAGGCGCAGUCCAGCGUCCUUACCAGAUGGAUUCACCCUGUCUCUUCUCGAACCAUCAAAGCACCUAGGGGGUGCCUCUACACGACCCUGUAAGCUACUUGAGGGCAGCAAUCUGCUUCUCACUCUUUCCCUGUUUCCUGCUCUUCCCCCAGGGCACUGACCGGCUCACUGGCCCCAUCAAAUUGGCUGCGUUCAAUUUUGCUCGGAAUAGGUACACAAGUAUCUCUAAUAUAGAACAAGUGCAUGGAAGAUAAGCGGGAUGCAGUUCAAAGACAAGUGUUGGGGUGCCAGCGCUCCCUGGGUCAUGGGGAAAGCUUCCGGGGGGACUGGAGCGAGAAGGCCCAGGACCCCUGGGGCUCCCUGGGCCUCCGCUGUUUUCCUCUGACAAGUGAAGGAGCGGGCUGGGUGGGUCUAGGGUUCCUGACAGAGACACUGACGCUGGAGUGCCGAGCAGAGGCCACCUUCCAGAGACCAUAAUGACAAGGAAGGCUCAAGACCAAGGCAGAUGACACAGAAACAAUCUAAGGUGCAGCAGACACGCUCCCGAUUUCUGAACUGUUUACUCUUUCUACGGAGUCGAAGGGAAAGGGCGCUCCGGUCAAUCCGGGCUGCGGGGUCGGGGCUCUUUUCUCCACCAAGUCCGCAGCAAUCCCGCAAUCCCAGCUAGGGCAGCCCCUAGCCGCAGUCGGCGGCUCCCGUCGUCAGGAGGCUGCGGCGUGGUUGCCUAGGACACGCCCCCGUGCCUCCGCAGGGCUCCCCGGGCCUUGUAGUCCGCCGGCCGCCUCUCUUGGGCUGGCCACGCGGGGAGAGACUACAACUCCCAGGAGGCAGCGCGGCGGGCCCUGGGGGCGGGGCGGGUCCUGGUGGGCGGGUCCGGGCUAGGGCCUUUUCCCUCCCGCCGCGGCGCCCAGGGUCUCCGCGUCUGGAGGAGGAAGAUGGCGUCGCGGAGGGCUCGAACCUGGCUGCGCGAGCUCCGGCCGCCGCCGCUGCUACUGCUACUGCUGCUGCUGUUCCUCGGGCCGUGGCCGGCGGCGGGCCACGGCGGCAAGUACUCGCGGGAGAAGAAUGAGCCCGAGCCUUCCUCGAAGCGCGAGCCCGGGGGGGAGUUCCGCAUGGAGAAGCUGAACCAGCUGUGGGAGAAGGCCCAGCGGCUUGCUCUUCCUCCUCUGAAGUUGUCCGAGCUCCACGCUGAUCUGAAGAUACAAGAACGGGACGAGUUCAAGUGGAAGAAACUGAAGGCUGAAGGCCUGGAUGAAGACGGAGAGAAAGAGGCAAAGCUUGCCCGCGGUCUCAACGUCAUCUUGGCCGAGUACGGUCUGGACGGGAGGAAGGACGCCCGGGCCGUGAGCAGCAAUUUCAUCAACCACGGCCCCGCCGACCACAGCCUGGAGGACCCCCGGCUGGAGAAGCUGUGGCACAAGGCGAAGACCUCUGGGAAGUUCUCCAGUGAAGAGCUGGACAAGCUGUGGCGGGAGCUCCAGCAUCACGAGGAGAAGGUCCAGGAGUACAACGUCCUGCUGGAGACCCUAAGCAGGGCCGAAGAAAUCCACGAAAACGUCAUCAGCCCCGUGGACGCGAGCCGCGUCAAGGACACGCUGCGGGCGAGCCACGCCGAGCUGAAGGACAAGCUGCGGGACAUCAGCCAGGGCCUCGACCGCCUGCGGAGGGUCAGCGGCCAGGGCUACGGCGAGCAGGCCGGGUUCGAGGAGCCUCGGGUGCUGGACCUGUGGGACAUGGCCCAGUCAGCCAACUUCACCGAGAAGGAGCUGGAGUCCUUUCGGGAAGAGCUCAAGCACUUUGAAGCCAAAAUUGAAAAGCAUAACCACUACCAGAAGCAGCUGGAGAUUUCUCACCAGAAACUGAAACACGUGGAGAGCUUUGGGGACCAGGAGCGCGUCAGCCGGAACAAGGAGCGGUACGCCGUGUUGGAGGAGAAGACCAAGGAGCUGGGCUACAAGGUAAAGAAGCAUCUGCAGGACCUGUCCAGCCGCAUCUCCAGGGCUCGCCACAACGAGCUCUGAGGCCCCGGAGCCCGGCCGGCGGCACGGAGGAGGCGCCAGCUGCCUGGGGCUCCUGCAGAUGGGCCUGGGUGCUCAGGGGUGGCUUGUCACCGGCAGAACCUCAGGGAAGGCGCGAGGGGGACUGGCCCCGAGGGGCCUGAGCAGGAAGGAUAAUGCCGCGGGCCGGGGGGAGGAGCUCCAGGAUCCCGCCCCGCCCACCCCCGGCUGGCGGCCCCGUGCCCUCAACACAGCCAGCCAUCUCCUCUGUUGAGAAUGCAGUUCCCAGCUGCCUGUGGAGUGGGGGUCCCCUAUGCCACAGGGUCACAGCUUGCAUCAAAGUCUUAAGAAUCUGCCACUGGAGAUACUAUGUACGGAAGUCCUUACAAAUACAUUGCAGUAUUUAAUUAAACCUUGAGGUCAUUGAGGCUUCGCGGGGUCCCAUCUCACUGUGUCUGCUGGGCCAGGGGACUUCAGUCUCCGGUGCGGUGAGCGGCUCCAGGCCGCCGUGCCAGCUGCAAGGCCCCUCUUCCACCCCUCCCCCACCCCAACCUCUGUGGCGUGAGGUGGAGGAGGGGCCGCUGGGCCUGGCUGGGCCCUCCCUGGUCUGGCGCUGAAGUUACGGGGUAGAGACGGCAGGGCAGAGGGGACGGCGCCCUGGCCUCUGACCUGAGCUCCUGCCCCUGCAGGUCGGGGUUGGGAAGAGCCUGACAGCCCAGGGGCUCCACGCCCAGCGAGAGGGACCAGGUCAGGGUCGGCUGCACAGCACGCGUGGUUCCAGGAGGAUCCACCGGGUGCUGUGUUCCCAUCUUGGCCGCGUCUGAUCUCGGCUUCAGCACUGGGACCUGCCGAGUGCAGAUGCCCGUUAGCCGUUCUUACAAGAAAAGCCAAGGGUAACACGCCAGGCCUGUCGGGGCACCAUGAACACGAGUGGGGAGGUGGCCCCGUGACAGGCAGCUUGGGUGCAGCCUCGUUCCUCUGUGGGUCGCUUGGCCUGGUGCCAGGACUGUCCAGCACAGGAGGUAACCCUCCCCUGGGCCUCUAUGUCAUGUCUGCCACCGGCCCGACCGGCUGUUGCGUCCCU